CACCUUCUGCCUCACUUAACCACCUUCUGUCAUCUUUCUCAAAUAGUUUCUCCAUAAUGGCUAAGAAAACCAGUUCAGUUCUCCUUGCUCAGCUUUUCAUAGUCAUUAUCUUGCUUGCAAUAGCUGGUCAAGCUUUUGCUGGACGUCAUGUCUCAAACUCCAAGAAUGUUGAUAUGAAACAGCCUGAGUGGUUGAUUUCAGAUGGCAGUGUGCUCAUUCCUGGCAUUGGGCGGGUGACAUUGCCACCAUUUUAUAAACAAUUGCCUUUUGAUCCAUACAUUACACCCAUUGGCAACAGUGGAAACAAUAUUCCAGGGGUUGAGGCCCCAAAUCCUGGCCCUGGUGGCAGUCCAGCACCAAACCAUCUAUAAAUAUACUUGGUCGUUAAACUUCCGGGAACUAAGUGUGCUAGAAGCAUGUAUUCGAGUCUAUUGUGCUCCCUAAGAUAAAUAAAUAUGCACGUGUUGGAGUCUGCCAUUGUAAUGAUGUAUGUCCCUUGUGUUUCCUUAUCUAUGCAGUAACAUUUGUAAUUCCAAGUCAUUUGUAAUCCAGUUGGCAUGCUUGGGUUGCAUGGUAUUUGUUAAAAAAAAUAAGAGAGGUUUAUUUUGGUAAUGUUA